AUGGCGGCACCGCCCAGGCACGUCUCCAUGCUUUCCAUCAGCAACAACAACGCCGGCACCCCCCAGUCCGCAGCAAGCGAUAAACCACAAAGUCCGCAGCCACCUUCAACUCCGCAGCAGGCCUCGGGUCUUCGUGUGCCUUCCAAUCGCAAAACCAUCUACGACAGGCAUCUCAACCGCAGCCGCAAUGCAGAGCUCAGCCGGGCGAGCUUCGCCUACCUUUUUGCAGAGAUGGUCACAUAUGCCCAGCGGAGGGUAACAGGUAUCCAAGACUUGGAAAAAAGUCUGCAGGUUCACUGGAGUAUUGUGCCCACGCUCGUUCACGGCGAUGCUCUGAUUGGUACCUCCAUUUACAAGUCCAUGAACACUGACAAAUCCAGAUUAAAUGAACAAGGAUACCCUCUUGGUCUUCGCCUCCUUGACCUCCUCUUUUAUCGAUCUACCUCUACCUCCUCCUCUGCUCUCUCCAGCUCAUCGACAUCAUCAUCCCCACCAAACCGUCCUCUCCGGAUCCUUCCCCUCCUCCAUCUCAUCCACGGCCCACUAUGGAGACUCCUCUUCCAGCGCUCUGCCGAUGCCCUCGAACAUUCCGUUGUUCCACGUGAGAUGAACAUGCUCAACUGCGCGGCAUACAUUGCCGGUGUCAUUGAGGGGGUCUGCGAUGGGUGCGGCUUCGAGGCCAAGGUUUCGGCUCAUAACCAACCUACGGAGAUGUGGCCUAGCCGCACGGUUUUCUUGCUACGUUUUGGCGAUAGCGUGAUGGAAAGGGAGAAGGUGCUUGAGCGCGCAGGUAUCAAAUAA